UUUACGUAGUCCUUGCGAUGUCAAUGUCCACAGCCUCUUCUGCAUGAGCACGUACACUGAUGCUCUGAGAUGUGCUGUGUGGAAUAAUCAGGCUUCUCUCGCAGACGAGAGGCUGAGAGUCCAUCACAUCAGAUCAAACCAGAGCUGAGGACCGAGAGCGCGCAGUGUGUUGUUUUUAAAGAGAUACGGAGGAGCGCAUCCUUCACUCUCCCUCACAGGACUCCAUCCAGCCCAUCACGAGUUUAACUUGGAAGUAUUCUCUAUUUAAGAAGAAUGGGACCUUUUCAGACAUAUGAGGUGAAGGAAAAAGGAAGCAUGCGCAGCCGUAUCCCUCGAUUUGUCCUCCACCCCUUGCAUACUAAAGCAAAGGAGUCAUCGGGGCCUAACAUGCCAUUGUCAGAAGAGGAGAGCAAGGAUUUUGACAUUAGCUCCCAGCACUCGAAAAGAACCAUCAGUCCCAGCCUGUCCUCAGCUGAUACUGGAUGCCCAAGCAGUCAAUGUGUGUUGCCAACCAAGACCCUAUCAGGCUCUGACAACAGCCCACUGGGUUCACCCACUCUGGGAGAGCGCAAGGUCAAGGUGACAAGAGUUCGGAUGAACGUAGUGGCCGAGUGGAGUGCACCCACACAGAAGCACAAGCGAGAGAAGCAACAGCGUUCACCCAUUAUGCAUAAAGGCAGUGAGACAGAUUUCAGCUCAUCUAGCAAUACUGGAAGCUACAAGACACAUGAAACUCAGCCCAGCAACUCUGCAGGAAAGAACUCAUCUUCUCGCAGCCGUGGGCCCCAGAUCAGAAGCCUGCCUGUGUUCAAGCCCGCAGGAAGCCCUACUGCCCCUCGUGAUGCAGAGCUUUUUGCCCCAUACAGGACACCCCAAAAAGCCCCCUCCAUUACCAACAGCAGUAGCAACUCCAGCUCUACCAGAAGAAGAACCACUCCUGUACGCUACCAUUCCUGCGGAGACAAUCAUGGCAUCAAGCCUCCCAAUCCAGAGCAGUACCUCACCCCUCUACAGCAGAAAGAGGUAGCCAUACGACACCUCAAGACAAAACUCAGAGACUCACAGAACACAGUUUGUGACCGGGAGGCUGAGAUUGAGGAGCUGAAGUCCCAACUGGGGCGUAUGCGGGAGGACUGGAUAGAGGAGGAAUGUCACCGUGUGGAAGCUCAGCUAGCUCUUAAAGAAGCACGCAAAGAGAUUAAGCAGCUGCGGCAAGUGGUGGAAACCAUGAAGAUCAGCCUCAUGGAGAAGGACAAGGGCAUCCAGAAGUAUUUCAUUGACAUAAACAUCCAAAACCGAAAGCUGGAGUCCUUGCUCCACAGCAUGGAGUUGGCGCAGAAUGGCUGCAACUUGCAGGAUGAGCCAACGCUGGAGUUUAUCUGUGAUUCUCUAGAAAGAUCCGCUGCAGGCAAGUUGGAGAUGGAGCUACAUGGUGAAGAACAAGCAGUGGAGGAGAUGGCUGAUAGCGAGCUGCUGGCCAAUGAUGAGAUGGCCAACAGAGCAGGGAUUCUGGAGCAGGUUCUCAUGUCCACUGCAGUUGAUUCCAGCCAGGAUGGUGGCACCAAGAUCAUUCCCCAACCAGGACUGUCCAUCUUGGAGCCGAGUGUCUCGGAAAAGAGCACUGAGGGACAUAUCUCAACCAACCCCUUUGGUGCAGAAGAUAAAAGUGUCCAGACUGAUGAGAUGAUUUACACCACUGAUCUCCAAGCCCUUCUUUUCCAGCUGCUAAAGCUCCAAGGUGGUGGCUUCCCUGGCCUUCUUAUUUCUUCACCCCACCAAUCCCAGGAAUCACCUUCAGCACAGGUUCCCAAAAAGGUCGAGGACUUGCCUGAAGCACAAAAACCCAUAAAUAAGGGGAAUUUUCCUGAAGCACAAGACGAUGAAGUCAAAGAUGUUGGCCUCAUUUGCACCAAUACUGCCCAAAACACUGUUAGUGAUUCCGGUCUGGGCUUUUCCGAGCCCCAAAUGAGUCCCCAGUUCAUGGAAGAGCUGAAUUUCGACCUGAAGAAUCCCAAGAACACCUCUAGUAUGGCGGUGGUGGGAAAAAGCUACUGGAGCAACAACUUCUUGGUUGAUCUGGUUGCUGUGGCAGCACCUGUUCUGCCCACCGUGGUGUGGCUCUACUCGCAGCACGGUUUGGUCGGAGGGGCUCCCGUGUACAACAUUGCAGCUUUAAUUCGAGGCUGUUGCAUUAUGGGAUUGCACUCACUCCGCCAUGUCUCUCACGGGCCAGGCACUUAGUGGCCCUCACCCACAGUUACAACAAGAGCACUUAAACGCCAUCUUCAAGUAGAAAUUGUGUUUUUGUACACCUGUGAUUAUACGCAUACACUAAUUUAAUGUUUAGUUGCGACAUUCCUACUUUGCACUGUCUAUUUUUGCAAUCUGAGGCACAAAGGAUGAAUUUAAGGGGAUAUAAAUGGACUUGAUUUGUCUUUUUUUGUUAUUUAUUGCUUUUAUGUUUGUAUAUAUAAAUAUUUUUGCAUAAUCUGAUCAUCUGGGUAGGUGAUUAUGUUGCUCGAGUCUUGUUCUUUGCUGACUGCUAUUCCCUGCUUUUUAUAAAAGAGUCAUUUAGUGUGACAAUAGGGGUUGACUGUCAGUUGGCCAUCAUUUUUGUUGUAGUUAAAAUGUCACGUGUUCCAAAAGAACUAAAACCUUCUGCCAAAGCUUACAUGUGUUCAGCGUUUUGUUAAGUGAAACUGUAUUUCUCUCCCUGGAGUUAGAGCUUUUACAUGUUGCUCUGUAAACUAACAUUUUCCUGAAUGGCAGCACUUGCCACAGUACAGCGAACACUUGUUAUGUGCCUGACCUAUGUGCAAUAUUUUUGUUUAUAUCAGAUGUAUAUCAUUAUAUUUAUUAUUAUUAAAGCAUGGAAAACC